CUUUGUGAAACGGAAGCUUAUGGUCUGAUAGAACAGAAUGUCUUGUAAAACACUUGUAGAUAUUUUAAUUUUCUUGAUGAUUCCUCAAACAAUCUUAACAACAUCGCCAGUGUCUGAGAAAGAUCUCGGUAAAACUUUAACAGCUAAGAACAGCUUUGUAUUCAGCUAUGAACUUAUUAUAAAGAAAGCUAAGCUGCCUGGCCACUCGGCAUACAUUGGCUGUUUCCAGAUGACACACGAAUGGCGGGAUGACUUUGUGACUCAUGUCCCACACACGAUCGUUGCUAACGUCCAAAAAUGUCUCGAAGAAUGUUGGGCACGGCGUCAGCGUUUUGCAUUACUCAAGGAAGGUCAAACCUGUUGCUGUGCAGUGACGUUGAGAGCCGUGUCUGUCAAAGAGAACUCCGCCUGCACUAGCCCAUGUCUAGGGGACAAAAAACAAGCUUGUGGCGCACCUGCCCACUUCAGCAUCUACUAUACAGGUUACAUAGAAGAGCCUCAGUUCACCAAGUUUUCACUAGUAUUUGGGAAGAAACAUUUUGUCGGCUGCUACUAUACAAGUGAUGAGAAUACUCUCUGCCCCUUUUCUUUCACCACUCAGCGUCUUAGAGCAGCAAUGUGUAUGGAUGUUUGUGAAGAGAAUGCUUACCUUUAUGCCGCCAUAACUCGUGUAACCAGGUGUUGCUGCACUAGUACACUGGACCAGCCAGCAAACCAAGUGAACAAGAAGAUGUGCCAGGCGCUAUGUAGCGAGAGUGACCCGGCCAACAUGGAGACUUGUGGCAGUGGCUCCCCCUACCAUUUCUCUGUUUACAGGACCGGUCUGUUUCAAACUGUGCCAGACUACAAGAGACCAGAAUACGACCACGUGUGGAUGCACCCCAAUGUCAAUGAGCGCGACAUUCACUUAUUGUGAUACAAUGUCAAGUCAGCGCAAAAUGUAAGACAGUCUUCACUUUAUGUCAAGUAAAAUAUGAUCAAAUAUAAUCUUAUUUUUUUUUUAUCUUAUAAUUGUG